AUGUCGCGCCUUCCGGCUCAGAGGCUUGUGGCGGCGGUGAGGGGCUGGCGCGGCUUCCCAGUUUGUGAGUCAUGUGCUCUCCGAAGAUUUUCCAUCCAGCCUGCCCAGCAGAAGAUUCCAAGCCGAUAUCUGGGCCAGCCCAGCCCCUUCACACACCCACACCUUCUCAAACCAGGAGAGGUAACCCCAGGAGUGUCGCAGGUGGAAUAUGCACUUCGCCGACACAAACUGAUGGCACUGAUCCAGAAAGAGGGCCAUGGGUGGGACGGCUUGGAACACACAGUGAUUCUGCUGUCCAACCCCACAUACUACAUGAGCAAUGACAUCCCCUACGUUUUCCACCAGGACACUAACUUUCUGUACCUCUGUGGGUUCCAGGAGCCUGACAGCAUUCUGGUGCUGCAGAGCAUUCCUGGCAAAGCGCUGCCCGCCCACAAAUCCAUACUUUUUGUGCCCCGGAGAGAUCCAAGCAGAGAGCUGUGGGAUGGGCCCAGAUCAGGCACGGAUGGAGCAAUUGCUCUCACAGGAGUGGAUGAAGCUUACACCAUUGAGGAGUUCAGGCACUUGGUGGCCAAGCUGAAAGGUGAGUCAAACAUUGUUUGGUAUGACAUGAGAAAACCAGUGCACACAGAGCUACACUCUGACUACAUGCAGCCACUGGCUGAGAUAAAAGCUCGGAACAAAAACCAUAUCCAGGGCAUCCGACACCUAGUGCAGAACCUUCGUCUGAUCAAAUCUCCUGCAGAGAUUGAAAGGAUGAAGAUAGCUGGACGAGUGACAGCAGAGGCUUUCAUAGAGACAAUGUUUGCCAGCAAAUCCCCAGUGGAUGAAGCCUUUCUGUAUGCAAAGUUUGAAUUUGAGUGCCGAGCUCGUGGUGCUGACAUCUUGGCGUACCCCCCUGUUGUUGCUGGUGGCAACAGAUCAAACACUUUGCACUAUGUGAAGAACAAUCAGCUCAUCAAGGAUGGUGAACUGGUCUUGCUAGAUGGUGGAUGUGAGUCUUCCUGCUAUGUAAGUGACAUCACACGUACCUGGCCCGUCAAUGGAAGGUUCACCAAACCCCAAGCAGAACUAUACCAGGCUGUCCUGGAUAUCCAGAAGUCCUGCCUGAGCCUCUGCUCCCCAGGCAUGAGUCUAGAAAAUAUCUACAGCCUCAUGCUGAGUCUUAUUGGACAGAAACUGAAAGACUUGGGGGUCCUAAAGAGCAGUGUCACUGACAGCCACUACUUCAAGGCUGUUCGAAAGUACUGCCCACAUCACGUAGGCCAUUACCUGGGGAUGGAUGUUCAUGACACGCCAGAUAUGUCCCGGUCACUCCCACUCCAGCCGGGCAUGGUGAUAACCAUUGAACCAGGCAUCUAUAUCCCUGAGGACGACGUGAGUGCCCCGGAGAGGUUUCGCGGCAUUGGUGUGCGCAUUGAGGACGAUGUUGUGAUAACUGAGGAUGCUCCUCUCGUCUUGUCUGCUGACUGUCCCAAGGAGAUCUACCACAUUGAGCAGAUCUGUGGCCGCAGCUCAUGA